UAAAAAAUCAGAUGAAAAACAAAUAUUACAAAAUAAUAAAAAAAAUUAAAAAACAGGAGGCUCUAAUAUAAAGUAUUCCAAAGUUUAGACCCCUCUUUGGUUUAGUCUAGACGUUGUGAUCUUUAAUAGUUUUGACUAGCAGAUCUCAGCUUUCUUCCAGACUGAUAUUCAGGCAGAAGGAGGAUUUUAAAAUCAAUUCUGUAACGUAGAAAACUAAGAUGUGGGUGAUAUGUUCCCGUUUUUUUUAUACCCAUAAAAAGUCUACCUGCUGCAUUUGAAACUGUUUGCAGUCGAGAAACGGAAGAUUGAUUAAUAAAGCGAGUUACAAUAAUCCAGUCUUGAGGAGAUCAGAGCAUGCAUCGCCAUUUAAGACUUCUGAGAGUCAUACAGGAUUUCUUCUGGGUUUAAUUACGGAAGUAAAAAAAGUUGUAUUGAGCAAUGUAAUGUGCUUAUCCAACAUUAUUGAGCUUGAUGGGCAAAAGAGGAAGAGAAUAGAAAGCUAUGAUAGCCUAUGAAACCGUUUAUAACUCAUGCCGGAUAUUUUGUUGAAACAUGUUUGAGCCAGUCGUCUCAAGAGCUUAACGGAUUAUGACAUUUGCCUUUUGAUGAACGCUCAUCAGAGUUCUGUCGGGAUGUUUUCGAGAGGGAAAUGUGAUGUGAAAUAUGAGCUACUAGAAAGUGGAUCAGAAUCAAGGCCUUUUAAGAAGAAGAUUUGUGCUCUGAAGAUCUUUUAUUUUUCUUGCUUUUUAUUUGUGCUUUUCUUUAUCAUCUUCAUGUAUUUAGAAGAAUUCUUUAAAGCACCUUUUACCAAACAAAUCUGGCAAAACCAUACAAGUAAAGACUCUGAUCUGCCAAAUCUUCCCCCAAGCACACAUUUGCCAUUCGUCCAAACACCACACAUCCAACACACAUCCGCCAGUCCUCCGUCUCCAAAGGCGUGUGGUGUUCAAGUGAAGGACAGGCCUGUGAUUAAAGUUGGCCAUCUUAACACAUAUGUGAUCGGCUCUUAUGUGGAUCAUCGUUUCAGAGAGAAACAGAUAAACACGAUCGCCAUUGUUCUCCGACAUGAGCAGGCGACGUACAGCUGUGUGAUGUGCUGCGAUGGGAGGAACGUGACGUCGAAUGCCGAGUACUCCAUUCAUUCUGACCACUUCAACUUUGAAUACGGCACCGCUACCAUCACGUGCCCAAUUGACAGCAUGUGUUUGACACUGACGCACGUUGCAAUCACAGCCAGUGGCGUCUUCUGUCCUGUUUCUCUCACAUGGAUUUAUUAA